UAAAAUAUUGAGUCUUUUCAGCCUCUGAAGGAAAAACUCAAAAAAAUUCAAUAACUUUCGCAGGAAGCAAUAACAACCCAAAUCCUUUUAGUCUUUUGACUAUCUGAUAUCUCAAUAUACUCUAUCGAUCCACAUAUGAACGUAGAAAAACUGAGUUGAUCACUUGGGAAUGAUUCCUUGUUAGAAAGAAUUGUUUAUUUCGAAAUUCACGACAGCAUUGAGAAAGGUGAUAUUAUACUUUUUUCUUGUUUGAUGAUAUUUUUAGAGUGUACUAAGUGGCAUGCAGGUAUUAUUUGUUCCCUGUGCAUUAUUAAAAUCAUCACCAUCCAGUUGGAUAUUAGCUGUUAGUAAACAUCGAGUCACCGUUGGUAUAGUUAAAUCACGUGAUAUGCAUUGGGCUGUAUUAUCAUCUCAUGAAUCUAAUAGUUCAUCGUCAAAGGAUUCUUCACAAAUUAAUUUAUCAUCAUUGCGUAUUCUCUUGAUUGGUGAUGGUUCUAAUCCUUGGUCAAUAACUUCAGUCGAUACAUUUUUAUCAACAUUUCAAUCAAAAGGUUUAAGACAAGAUGCACUAUGUCCAUGUUCAUAUUCAUGUGAGACUCUAACUCUGUCUAUUCGACGAUAUGAUCGACAAUCAACAUCACAUCAAUGUGGAAGAGGAAUAUUAUCAAUGCAAGCAUUAUCAUACGGUGUUGUUAGAGUUGAUCAGGAUAAUUCGUUAACAUCCUUAACAAUACAAGAUGUUGGACAUGUACUUCCAGGAUCUAUAAUCGGUAUAGUUAAAAUUGAUGGUCCAACAUCGCUAUGUCAAACAGAUGAAAUAGGUGAAAUUGCAAUAUCUUCAAAAGCUACGCCCUCUUCGUAUUGGUCGCUGCCUGGAUUAUCUCAGAAUGUGUUCAAAGUUUGCCCACUCGGCUCCGAUGAUCGACCAAUUGGAACUCAAGAAUUUGUCAGAUCUGGUCUAUUAGGUUUUCUUGGACCUGGUGGACUAUUAUUUGUGACGGGUAGUCGAGAUGGUUUGAUGCAAAUUGGUGGCCGUAAACAUAAUAGUGAUGAUAUUAUAGCAACAGCUCUAGCAGUGGAACCUAUUAAAGUUGUUUAUAGAGCAAGAAUUGUGGUAUUUUCAAUAAGAGUAUUAAAAGAUGAAAGAAUUAUCGUUGUAGCCGAACAAAGACCAGAUAUUGCAGAAGACGAGUGUUUUCAAUGGAUGAGUCGUGUAUUACAAGCUAUCGAUACGAUUCAUCAAGUUGGCGUCUAUUGCUUAACUCUUGUACCCGCAAACACAUUACCAAAAAAUCAUUCGGGUACAAUACAUGUUCAUGAAACGCGUCGACGUUUACUCGAUGGAAAUUUACAUCCGUGUUCUGUAUUAAUGUGCCCACACUCCUGCAUUUUAAAUUUACCUAAACCACGUGAACAUCAUCCAGAACGCGAGGUUGGUCCAGGCGCAAUACUGGCUGGUACGAUAAUUCAAGGAAUGAGAUUAGCUGAAGCCAAAGGUACUGAUUUACACGACGAUGAAAUGGAUACUGUGAGAAAGCUUCAGUUUGUUGAUGAUAUUUUGAGAUGGCGUGCAACAACAACACCAGAUCAUUUACUUUAUUCGAUUAUUAAUGCUAAGGGUCAAGAAUUGGAUAAAAUCACGUGUUUGUCUCUGCAUAAACGUAGUGAACGUAUUGCUUUGACAAUGUUAGAUCGUCUCGAAUUAAAACAGAAUGAUCAUAUAGCACUUCUUUAUCCACCAAGUGUCGAUCUUGUAUCAGCAUUUUAUGCUUGUUUAUAUAUCGGUGUGAUACCUGUUGCUAUUCGUCCUCCACAUGCGCAGAAUUUAUCGAGUACUCUAUCAACUGUUAAAAUGACUGUUGAACUUAGUCAUUCAAAAAUAAUUCUGACGAAUAGUAUAAUAGGAAAAUUAUUACGAUGCAAAGAGGCUUCGACUCUACUAGAUCCGAAACUUUGGCCAUUAAUUAUUGACACAGAUGACUUGCCUAAAUAUAAAAAAGUUUUGAAUAUUGAAAAUAGACGAAAAAUAAUGAUAAAUAGUCAAGAACAAUUGUGCUAUCUCGAUUUUAGUAUAUCAACAACAGGAACAUUAACAGGCGUCAAAAUAUCUUAUGGUGCUGUAGCAAAUGUAUGUCGUUCCAUUAAAUUAUCGUGUGAACUAUAUCCUUCAAGAGAACUUGUAUUAUCCCUUGAUCCUUAUAAUGGACUCGGUCUCGUACUCUGGUGCAUUAUUAGCAUUUAUGGUGGGCAUCAUUCAAUUUUGAUUGAUCCAACUGAAGUUGAAUUGAAUCCAUCUGUUUGGAUGUCAGUAAUUAGUCAAUAUAAAAUUCGUGAUACAUUUUGUUCUUACUCUGUUAUGGAAUUAUGUACCAAAGGAUUGAGUUCUGCAAUUGUUGACCUUAAAAAUCGUGGCUUGAAUUUAUCUUGUGUUCGAACGUGUGCUGUUGUUGCCGAAGAACGUCCUCGUCUUCAUCUGUUAAAUUCAUUUUCAAAAUUAUUUCAAACAUUAGGACUAAAUCCACGUUCGAUUAGUACAACAUUUGGAUGUCGGGUCAAUGUUGCCAUAUGUCUGCGUGGCGCAUCUGAUCCCGAUCCUUCACCUGUUUAUGUUGAUCAACGUGCAUUAAGAAAUGAUAGAGUGACACUGGUAGAAAAAGGAAGUCCACAUAGUUUAUGUUUAUUAGAAUCUGGAAAACUCUUACCAGGUGUUAAGGUUGUCAUUGCAAAUCCAGAAAGUAAAGGGCAGUGUGCUGAUGCUCAUUUGGGAGAGUUAUGGGUGCAAUGUUUGCAUAAUUCAUCUGGAUGUUAUACAAUUUAUGGUGAUGGAAAUGGUUUAGAGGAUGAUCAAAGUCAAUAUUAUGCACACUUAGCAACAGGUGAUACAAGACAAGUGUACGCUAGAACAGGCUAUUUAGGAUUUGUCAGACGAACUGAUUCAACAAUCGCAGAUGAAAAUCAUGAUGCUGUUUAUAUUGUUGGUGCAUUAGAUGAAACUCUAUUGAUUCGAGGCAUGAGAUAUCAUCCUAUUGAUAUUGAAAAUACAGUCAUGAGAACACACAAGAAAAUAUGUGAAUGUGCCUGUUUUACAUGGACAAAUUUAUUAGUUGUUGUUGUUGAAUAUGAUGGUUUAGAAUCACAAUCUUUAGAUUUAAUACCCUUAAUAACAAGUUCAAUUUUGGAAGAACAUUAUAUUAUUGUUGGCGUUUUGGUUAUUGUUGAUCCGGGAAUUGUGCCUAUAAUGCCAAAAAAGAAAACAGGUCAACGAAAAAAAGCUGAAAAGCAACGUGAACGACAAAAAGUAUUGCAGACAGCAUUUAAUAAUAAAAAUUUAGCAGAAAAACCAUGUAAUUUUUUAAUGGAAUGUGAUAAAUGUAAAAAACAACAGAAAAAUCGUGCCUUUUGCUAUUUUUGUCAAGCUAUACAAAAUUUACCGGUGUGUGCUCAAUGUGGAAAACAAAAAUGUAUGUCAAAAAGUGGUGAUUGUAUGAUCAAACAUGGUGUUCAACAUGCAACCGGAUUACAACUCGUUGGUGCAAUAUGUGAUUUUUGUGAGGCAUGGGUAUGUCAUUCACGAAAAUGUUUAACAACUCAUGCGUGCCCCUGUCCAUUGGAAAAUGCCGAAUGUUUAGAAUGUAAACGAAGUGUAUUUGAACAAGGUGGUCGAGUUUUUCAAUGUUCAUUUUGUGCAAAUUUUCUAUGUGAAGAUGAUCAAUUUGAACAUCAAGCAAGUUGUCAAGUAUUGGAAUCGGAAAAUUUUAAAUGUGCUUCUUGUAGUAAACAUGGUCAAUGGUCUUGUCUUAGAUGUAAAGUAUGUUAUUGUGACGAACAUAUAAAGCGUAAAGGUUUCAAAUAUGGAAAAGGUGAAGCAUAUCCAUGUCCAAAAUGUAAUUUUCCAACGGCAGAAACAAAAGAUUUAUCAAUGUCAACUCGAUCCUAUGAUUAUGGUAGAAAAAAUCAGGAAGACGAUACGUAUGAUGAUGAUUUUAAUAUUGGCGGUGGUUCUGAUUAUUUUACUCGUGGUGAAGGUGCAGCAGGAUUUUCAUUUGGUGGAGUCAGCGCUGUAAAACGAGCACCACAUGAUGAUGAUGGAUCCGAUGAUGACGAAGGAGACGAAGAUGACGACGACGAUGAUGAUGACGAAGACGAGAGUGAAGAAAAUUCUGACAGUGAAGAAGAAGGUCAUUCAAGUGAACAUGAACAGCCAGAGAUAUCGAAAGACGAUGGUAAUCAAAAACAGGAAUUAACAAGUGAAACUGAUAAACUAAAACUGUAA